GACUGAUAUAGGACUUUCGUUGCAUACUAGAAAAUUCACAGCUGCGGAUCCUCGCAAGAACGGCGCCAGCUUCUCAAAUUCUGAGGCGUAUAAGGACGAGAGGGCAUCGAAACUCCAGCAACCCCGACCCUCGAGCUGUCCUCCAUGGCGAUCGCAUCCUCCAGUACAACCAGCUCGUCCAAUAUUUCUCACUCUAAGUAUGCGAAGCGUACGCGGGACCUCAUAGGUCUAAUAACCGAUCUUCGCGCUCUCGGAGCACAAGCUGAUUUUGACUUGCCCCGUAUCGCAGUCAUCGGAAAUCAAUCAGCGGGAAAGAGUUCGCUUGUGGAAGCUAUCAGCGGGGUGUCGUCUGACAUACCGCACUUCCUUUCGUGCAGCUGUCCCAUGGAAUGUAGACUAACUCACUCCGAUCAUCCUUGGCAGUGUCAAGUCCUUCUGCGUCGCGAGACAGAUGCCAACGGAAACAAGAUCCAAGCCCGCGAGGAGCCUUUCGGCCCGGUUCUCUACGAUAAGGAGGAACUCGAAGAGAUGCUUCGACGAGCACAGCUCGCCAUUCUCAACCCAAGCAUUCCGCCCGAGCGCUUUGUUGAUUUCGAUACAAAGUCGCUUGGCCCUGGCGAGAUCCCCCUCGAUUCGGAGCGUCAGCUGGGGUUUUCCGAUGAUGUCGUCUGUCUCGAUUUGUCGAGCCCGGAUGUUACUGAUCUCUCGUUCAUUGACCUCCCCGGGAUCAUCUCGAAUGUGGCGGAGGGCGAAGACCGUGGAAACAUAGACGCAGUCCGUAACAUGGUCUCGAAACAUAUACAAGGAAACACGCUCAUCUUGCUUACCAUCACAAUGCGAGACGAUAUCGACAACCAAGGCGCGGCUUAUUUGGCUCGUCUCGCGGACGAAGGAGGUCUUCGAACCAUCGGCGUACUCACCAAACCCGACCUUAUCCAGCACGGUGAGGAGGACGCAUGGCUCCGCGUUCUCGAAGGCUCCAGUCACCCACUAAAGCACGGAUACUUUGUCACCAAACAGCCAUCGCCGCAAGAGCUUGAAGAGAGAGUUCCUUUUGCUGAAGCUCGUCUUCGAGAGACGACAUUCUUUGAGCAAACGGCUCCUUGGUGCCACAAGUCCAAUCUCAGUGAGCGUUUCGGGACGCCGUACUUGACAAAAGCACUUAGCAAGCUCCUCGGCGGUGUUAUCAACUCUGCCCUGCCGACCCUCCGCUCGGAUCUCAAGGAAGCGCUGCUAGACGUGAAGUGCCGCAACGAGGCGUUGCCGCCACCGCCGCCCGAGAAUCCGGCCAGUGAGCUGCUGAAGCUCGUCACCGGUUUCUCGGACGACGUUGGCGCGCUGAUCAAGGGCACCGAAUCCUUCGAGCGGCUGAUACAGCAGUGUCGCCCUGCAUACAAGCGCUUCAAGAGGGACAUCUACGGAACUAAGCCGGACUAUUUACCAUUUACAACAAAUGAAGAUACCUCGGGCUUCACCAGCCCUGUUUUUGAGCCGGACGUGACAGAAGAAGACGACUCCGAUAGUGGCAUUGGGCAAUGCAGCGCCCACUCAAAGACCAUGAACCUCGACGCGGUGAAGAAGCACAUUGAAGGCUCUCUGACCCGAGAGCUCCCCCACAACGUUCCGUUUGCGGCCAAGGUUGCGCUGACCCAGCGCUGCUUCACGGAUUGGGACGAGCACUGCCAACGCUGCUUCAGCACCGUGCACGAGGCCGCGCUCGCUGAGCUGAAAGCGAUAGUUAAGGCGCACUUCGGGCAGUAUCGUGGCACGGCACUCAUGGACCACGUCGAUGCCAUGGUCGAAAACCAAGUCGAGCGGUGCCGCGUCAAGACCGCAGAGCGCAUCAGGUGGAUGCUCGCUUUAGAGAGCCCGCCGUUCACGAUGAACGAACACUACUUCUCCUCGUAUCGCGAGAAGUACUUGACGAGGUACAAGGACGCACGUAAGUCCACGCCACUGCCUGAGGACGCCAACAUACAUGAAGUCAUGAGCGCACUCGCACGGUUCGGCUUCAAUGGUCUCAAGGAAGAGGACCUCGGCCGCCUGUACGGCGCCGACUCACACGAGGAGGAGCUCAUUGUCAUGGCUGAGACCGCGGCGUACUUCCAUGUCGCCUACAAGCGGAUCAUCGACAAUGUCCCACGCGCCAUCGAUUACGACUUCCUCCGGGCGAUUGCGCGUGAGCUCCAGGGCGCGCUCAUCACGGGGCUCGGGCUCGGGGAGGAGAACGCGACGGAACGCGCGCGCGCGUACCUUGCCGAGGACGAGGGCGUCACCGCUCAGCGCGCGCAGCUCGAGCAAAAGCGCGUCCGUCUCGAAGCCGUCCAGCACAGGCUGUACAACUUCGGGCUCUAGUCGCUCUGUGGGCCAUCGCAGGCCUAUUCUUGGCGUGAUGUAGGGCGAUAGAUAUCUGCGUGUUGAACCUCCGCUGGAAGAUCAUCUUGUGCUUGUGCAUAGGUUUCAUGUUGUGUCUUUACUUAAUCUAUCUUU